GUUUGUAUUUCAAUCGCACGCCUCUUCCUAUUUCCUCUCACGUUUCCUUUCUCUCCUCUCCCUUUUUUCCUCCAUCACUCAUCCAUCUCCAGAUCUCUUCUCUAGCUUUUCUUCUCCAUCACUCAUCCAUCUCCAGAUCUCUUCUCUAACUUUUCUCCUCCAUCACCCAUCCAUCUCCAGAUCUAUUCGAUUUCUCCAUCUCCAACACAUAAUAAAGGUUUGGACUAGGAUUUUUUCUCCUCAACUCCGGCCAUCGGCGGACGACGACGACAAUAGAGGGACCAAGGUGGUGGUAGAGUUUGAAGGCAGCUGUGGAGAUGGUAACGGAGGAGGUGGAUCCUCCGUCAAUUUUCAAUUUUCAGAGGCGUUGAAUAUGAGCAUUGAGGCACUCCAACUCAACUUCCUUGUUGUCCAUUCGUCCCCCUCAUUCUUCAUUUUUAUUUUUAUUUUUUGAGAUUUUGUUUUAUAUUGAAUUUAGGGUUUGUGAGCAUUAAAUAUGGGCAUUGAACACCGUCACUGAACAUUUCAAUAAGUGUGGAGUAUUGACAGUGAAUAUAUAUGGUAAUAGACAUGUUGUACAUGACAGUGAACGAAUGCAUUAAAAAAUUUUGUUGUACAAUGAUAUGAUCAGUAUUG